GAAAUUCUUCGUUCUUCGUCUUGCCAUGAUGUUGCCCUAAUUCGAACUAAGACUGCAUUUCGUCUGAGAAACUCUCCAUUUGGUUGCUACCGAUCAAUAAACACGAGUCUCGGUGGUGCUCUUCUGCUUAAAUUCUCUGUUAUCCAUCCUCUCCGUGCGUUUUCCAUUGAUCAAACAAACGCGGAAGCAUUCUGAAGUGAAAUAAAAUGUCGCGGCUGUGGACGAGGGUCGUAGGCCUAUUCAGCAAUCGAUCAUUCGUCGGAGUGGACAAAACCGGCAAUAAAUACUUCACCAGGAUUGAGGAAAUCGACGGUAUCAUGAAGGAGAAAAGGUGGGUAAAAUUUAAAGGAGACCAGGAUCCCACCUCCAUUCCGGUUGAAUGGAUAUGUUGGCUGAAUGGACAGCGUAAAAUAGCUCCAACACCAGAGGAAAUGGCUCAGCUGGAGGCUAGGAGGGAACAAGUUAAAAUGAAUGUUGCUCUCCUCAAAAAGGAGGAAGAAGAAAGGAAAGCUAGGGAAGGAAAAGCCACCAAAAUUGGAAAAAGUGCUGGUCCUGACUUGAAAAGUUUUAUCCAACAGUUUCCUACUGAUUCAGAAGGUACCAAAAUUGAUGCCAAGAGCGAUAAGGCCUUUGAAGGAUCGCGUGAGAAGAAAGAAGAGCCGGAGUCAUCAGAGCCUACUGGAUCUGGCCAAUCAUUCCGACCGGGAACAUGGCAACCACCAAUGUGAGCCACAUUUACGCAUCUGCAGUCACUACAAUUGUGGGAGAAUGUAUCAAUAACUUCCGACUGCCAUCCUAGAGGUUAUAGUACUGUACUGAUGAUCAAUUCAAUUUUAUCCAUAUUUGUGUAGGAAAAUUGAGUUUCCUUUUUGCUACCGGAAAUAAGGUUUUCCCAUUUACAUUACACCGGCGGUAACAAUAUUCCGGAGGCGAGCCUUAUCCUCACUUAAUCUAUUA